AUGGGCAAUUUGCUUUCCAGGUUUCUUGCUUUAACCCGCGGCCGCCGCCGCCGGGCCUUGCCUGGUGCCCGCCGCCCGGUGGCUUUCCGGGUGCGCAGGGGGGAUGCCCCGCCUGGCCGCGCCCACCCCGCGGCUCCUGCACCUGCCCUGGGCCCUGGGCACCGGGUCCUCCCCUGGGGUCCUGCACCUGCCCUGGGCCCUGGUUACCGGGUCCUCCCCUGGGGUCCUGCACCUGCCCUGGGCCCUGGUUACCGGGUCCUCCCCCGGGGUCCUGCACCUGCCCUGGGCUCUGGUUACCGGGUCCGCACCCGGGGUCCUGCACCUGCCCUGGGCUCUGGUUACCGGGUCUGCACCCGGGGUCCUGCACCUGCCCUGGGCUCUGGUUACCGGGUCUGCACCCGGGGUCCUGCACCUGCCCUGGGACCUGGUUACCGGGUCCUCCCCCGGGGUCCUGCACCUGCCCUGGGCCCUGGGUUCGGGCUCUUACCCCGGGGCCCUGCACCAGCAGCAGCUGGCUGUCUCACAGCGGUGGGAAGGCCGUGUCCUCUCCCCGAGACCGGAGGCUUCCCUCUGAGGCUCCGCCCCUCCGUGGGGUGGGAGGACCCCCCAGAGAAGCCCCGGCUGUGUUUCCGUUAUCCCAGGACGGUCUACAUCCCUCCUCCCAGGGGCAGACUUGAUCUCCCCAGGAAGGAAGUCCAGGUUAUGAAGCCAAAACCAGCCAGGACCAUCCCACUUCCUCCUCCGAAGGACAUGGAGGUGAAGGUCCAAGAAAGGUCCCCAAAAGGGAGGCCAGAGAACCAAGACCAUCAGGUACAGAACAAGGGACAGCGUGACCAGGACAGCCCCUACCGCCGUGGGGGCCCCCCACUGACAUGGAGGGCCCCAGAGCCCACGGGGGUCCUCCCUGCCGGCAAGAGCGGUCCUGGGCCUGUGGGCCUCCAUGCCCAGCACCCACAGGGCAGCGUGAGUGGGAGCACCCCGCUGUCUCCCAGGAGCUGCUCCUCCAAAGUCGGGGUGGUCGCAGGCUCAGGCAGCCCUGAGGGAGGUGCCCUGCCUGCUCUGCAGCCAAACCCAACCCCCUUUGGCUUCCUGCAGCCACAGAGCCCCGCAGAGAGAGUGCUGCGGGGAGACCCCCCGCCCAGCGUCCCAGUGUCACCACCUUUGCGUGAGGAGGUGGAGGCUCCAAAGCCAUCCAGCAGCCAUCCUCCACCCGCCUCUGCCCCCAGGAAGUUCCGCAAGAGAACCAUGCCCCUGCCCCUCCAGCUCCCGCUGCCCCCACUGCGGUGGGAUCGAGGGCAGCUGCCCCCGCCUCCUAAGCUGCCCUGCCUUGCAGGUGCCUUCAUCCUGGGCGCUGACCCAGAGGCCAGGGCGGGCUGCAGUGCCACUCAGUCUGCCCCUUCUCCCUCCCCUCCUGGCUCAGCCAUGGCAGACACCCUGCCCCUGGCCACUCACCCUGGCCAGGUCCCUGCUCCCAUCACAGCCGGGGCACCUCAUGGUCUCACCUCUCAGCCGCCCUUGCAUGAUGUGGACAGUGAAAUGGACACCACUCCCCCUUGCUAUGCUCGCACUUACCCUGAGUCCACUGUGAGGAUCCGGACAAUUUACCAAUCCAGUGAUGGGCAAAGGGACCCUCCAGGCGCCCCACCGGCUGACAAGCACUAA